AUCCGCAGAAACACCAAAAUCACAUUUUCUGCUCCCUCAAGCCUAGAGGACCACUACACGGACAUCCUGGGCAGAGCUCCUUAAACGGCGACUCUGCAAUAAUACUUGCCUGACCUUUCACACACCCACCCCGCGUUCUUUUACAAACCAAGGGUUUACCUCAGCCUAACCCAAGUCUUCGACUCGUCACCCUAAGUUCGAAAACAGUCCACUCCGCGUUCAUCUUCUCGAAACUACGAGGCUGGCUUUCCGAGCGCUUCGAGCCGCAGGCCUUGCUGUCGGCCUCGGACUUACCGCCUACGCCGCCUACCAGCAAAACCAAGAACAGAGUAGGCGAGCAGGCAUGUCGUCCUUUGCUUCUAGCCAGCGUCACCUUGAUGCCACUGCUGGCAGGGAAGUUGUAUUCUGCCAUGCCUGUGAGAAUGAGUGGUACCGCGACGAGCACGAGAGCAUAGAGUGCCCGCGAUGCCAUCGCGAUGUCACCGAAAUUGUCGAUCCCGAGAAUGAUCCUCGCGAUAUUCGAGACGCCCCCUCACUUCCCGACUAUGGCGGCACAGGUCCCGGUUUCUUCUCCCACAACCAUGACGCCGACUCUGACCCCGAAGAGGGCGAUAUCGACGAACAUGUUAGCCACGCGCCGCAUGGGGUCUUCAUGCGGCGGACAAUUUUCCGACCGCCUCCGAGGCCUCAAGAUGGGACACCCGGACCGGCGCCUAAUCCUAACGAGCGGGUCGACCCCUCCGACGGCGAUGCCAUACUGCGGCGCUUUACAGACAUGUUGAUGAAUGACUUCAACGCUGGCGCACCAGGCCGCUCAGGUCCGGAUGCUCUCUUCCAACCUCGCGAUGGGUCUCCGAACUUCUUCUUUGGGGCUCCCCCAAGGGUCCAGCGGACCACCAUUACAGGCUCGGGAUUUGGUGGCGGACGCACAACCUUGACGAUAUCGACGGGGACAUUCCGGAGCAAUGGCGCAGGCGGCCCUGCAGGACCGGGAGACUUCGACACGGUAUUUAGCAACUUGAUGGACCACAUCCCGCCCCCGAACCCUGCUGAUGCGAACGAUCCAAACCGUGCUGGAGGUGCUGACGGGGCUCCCGGAGCUGGCGCAGGGCCACAACAACGCGCCAACAUGUUUGCCGUAAGCUUGCACGAAAUUCUUGGUGCUCUCCUCAAUCCGGCGGGAGCGGCCCGGGGCGACGCCGUGUACUCUCAAGAAGCUCUCGAUCGGAUCAUCACGACUCUCAUGGAGUCGAAUCCCCAGUCAAAUGCGGCACCGCCAGCGUCUCAGUCUGCCAUCGAGAGACUCGAACGCAAAAAGAUCGACGACGCGAUGCUGGGACCCGAAGGCACAGCCGAGUGCACAAUCUGCAUUGAUGCGAUUCACAAGGGAGACGAAGUGCUGGUGUUGCCCUGCAAGCACUGGUUCCACGGCGAGUGUGUCACCAUGUGGCUCAAAGAGCACAACACAUGCCCCAUCUGCCGAAGCCCAAUCGAGGGAGGCAACAAUAGCAACACCGCGCAGCAACAACAGCAACAGGGACAGCAACAGGGACAGCAACAGGGACAGCAACAGGGGCAACAACAGCCUGCCCAGUCGUACACGGAUGCAGCCGGACCAAGUCCCGCGGCUGCUUCGGCGAGCUAUGUGCCGAGCCGGUCUCGUGGGGAUAGAUCGUUCCGGAGUCCUAGGGAGAACGAGGAACGUCUCAACUCUAUUCGAAACCUUGGCAGCUACCGCUCUUCACCAUCCACCUCGGCGCAGAACAGGCGCAACUCAAUGUCCCCACCAAGUUCACGAGGGCAGUCUACUUCCGGUCACUCGUCCCGAACUAGGGUCAGGAGUCCCUCGUUUUCAAGGGAUCGGGAUCGGGAUAGGGAUCGAGACCACAACCGUGACUGGCCCAUGUCUGGAACUGAGAACGACCGGCAUCAGGGUGGCAACACCCGUGAUAGUGGCAGCGAGAAUCAUGGCCAUGGUGCGGGGCCAUUGGGUUGGCUUCGUGACCAGUUCUCGCGAAGUUCAGGUAGCGGAUCUAGCAAUGGCCGCAGACAGCAAUGAGUCCAACAAGGAUAAUAUCUCUUUGGACAUAGAUCGAGUUUCAGUCCGUCAUCUAUUAUCAUGGCUCUGUCGCAUGAUCUCUGCGAGAACAGUCAGAGCCUGCUUGCUCUCUGUUGUGGAAACAACUGUACAUAUAGACUCUCUUCGCAUUGGGGCAUCUGUCUCUUUCUCUCUCUCUUGGGGGCGGUACCCUUGAUAGGGGAUUUUGGCAGAAUGUGGGGAGGGGCGGAA